GUGUGGCAGGCUAGGCAAAUUGAAAGUGAGCAAUCAUGAAUCAUCACAGACAGAAGCUUCCUAACGUUAGUCCUUAUUCAUUGUUCUAUUAGCUGACAACCGUUCAUGAAAAGUUCAGUUAGAGUUGCAUGAUUCAGAUAUAUCCAUCAUCCUCAUAACUCCUCUCUCGGCUAAAUUAAUUGAUAGGCAGCAAGAUAACAAUCAAUAAUUAUAACGUUAGCUACUAGCUACAUUUCACUUUUGUGAAAGAUGGCUGAUGCAGAUUUCGGGUUCCCAUCUGACAACGGAGUGCUGCCUGUCGAGGUGGACCCAGCUGCAGCUUUCUUAGCCCAGCAAGAAAGCGAAAUAGCGGUGAUAGAGAAUGACGACGAAGGAGUCGGAGCUUUGGAGGGAUCCGUUGAACAACCGCCGGCAGCCGAUUCACCUGCUACUGUAGAAUAUGAUACCGGGUUUACAGAAGCAUCAGCAGCCACGGUAAACGGAGACAUGUUUGAGCUGGAGUCCAACGGUCUAUCGGACAGCUAUGCGGCCAUCGCCCAGGUGGACUCUCUGCGAGCAGAGCCUGAGAGCCUGCGUAAGUGGAGGGAGGAGCAGAAGGCACGGCUGGAGCAACUAGACUCUGCGUCCAAGGCUGCGGAGGCUGAGUGGAAAGAGAAGGCCAAGAAAGAGCUGGAGGACUGGCAUGUGCACCAGAUUGAACAGAUGGAGAAGAACAAGUCCAACAACAGGCUUGCUGAGGAGACUUUCUACAAACAGACCAACUCUCAAGUGAUAAACUUUGUGGAAUCUGAAGAGGCCUUCCUGUCUGAGGCUGACGGCGACAGCCCAGGGACGGAGUGGGAGAGAGUGGCCCGUCUCUGUGACUUCAACCCCAAGACCAACAAGACAGCCAAGGAUGUGUCCCGGAUGUGCUCGGUCCUCAUAGCCCUCAAACAGACACCUCUGGUGCGCUAGUACGGCCAAUAGAACGGAGGGGUGGUGAUGUUUCCCUGCUCUUGAGUUAUGAACCCUGGUUUGCAUUAAGGCAGAAUGUUCCGGGUUCUUUAUAUGUUCAGACCCCUCCUGUUUUCUGUCAUGUCUCUAACAUGUGGAGGAAAGAUAUUGUCUCUACCCCCCAUCUUUCCUUAUUCCCGAUGUAAUAUACCUCAGUACCUUAACAUGAACGACUGACUGCUCUCUGGCCUUUUAACUUCCCCUCAACAAUGCUUCUAUUUGACCGCUACAAAUACUGAAUUAAGAAAAUAUGUUUACUAUAUUAUCUUUAUUAAACUUCUUCCCUCUCGUAAAAGAGAAGGGCAUUGGGUCAAACCUUUUAUCUUUUAAAGCAGGAUUCCUCUCCCCAAUAUUUAGGGUGUGAAGUGUUCUUUUAUCAAAUAACAGAUUAGGUUCAUCUCCACUGUACUUUGUAUUUGAUUUAAUGUGUCGGGUGUAAUAUAGCAAGUCCUGUUCAGGCACCACAUAUGCCAUUUUUUUGUUUUUUUUUGUUAAAAAUUGAUUCACACACCUAUUAAUUUACUGUUGUAUAAUAUUCCUAAUUGAUUAUUUAACGGUACCUAGUCAUUUGUCCUGACAUUUUAGAUGCUAUGAGCUCGUGGCCUUGCUGAACUUUGAACUCCUGUCACUGUUUGUAUUUUUGGCAAAAAAAAUGUAUUUCCUUCCCAAGCGUGACUAUUUAUAGCCUGGUUUAUGAUCUAUUUUGUGCGGUCUUGCCAAACGGGACAAUGACCCUUUCUACAUACGGUCUAGGCGAUGGCCAUAGAAGUUGACAGCAUAAAACAAAUCUGGGAUCAGACAACAUAGUCUGUUCCAACAAAAAAGUAGUGUCUUCCCAUCUAAAGAAUCCUAUCAUUCUGAGGUUGAUCCUCGGCAUCACAAGAAUUCACAUAAUAGGGGGGGCUUGUUACGUCAUGGUUUUUAGGCCGAGACUGCGGCUCCUUGGGUAACCCCCCUCCCCAGAUAGAUUGAUCUUAUGUUAUUAAAUCAGCACCAUUCACCAGAGUCGCCUGUUGAGACUAGACGUAGAGAAACUCCAGAUGUAAAAGCGCCAGGAAAAGUGGGAUUCGUAGCCACUCUGUUCAGAGUCCUAAUCAUGGCCGUGUUAUUAAACGACAUGAAUGAACACUAGUCUAAUGUUGAGUCAGAUUUUCAAACACAUCCCCCAUUUUCAUUUUCAGCUGCAUUUCCUGUGAAUCUGUGAUCAACUGUUAUCUAUUAGGAUGGUAUCCUCCAGCCUCACACAGAAUGUUACAUGGGAACUGGAAAACUUUUCAUCAAUAAAAAUGUAAACUCUUCAUCAA